CGGGAGCGCAGCCUGGCUCCGCGCCUUCUGCCUCUCUGGGGCCGGGCCAGGCGCUGCUAGAAAUAGCAGAAGCCGGGAGCGGAGCCGCGGAUUUUCUCCGCGUGGAACUGGGCUCGGUGCCCGGCCGCGGGACCCGGUAGGAGGGAUAGGGAGUUUGGGGGAUCGGAGUUCGGGCGCCUCAGGCGCUGCUCACCUGCUUUCCGUGUCCCUCCCGGAGAACUUUGCUUUGUCGAGAGCCUUUCCCUGCCGCUGGGAACUGCCGCUGUCCAGGAUCGUGGCGAGGGAAGCGUUCAGCCCGGGCUCUGGUCCCUCCAGGGAGGACGGCGGCCCGGGCAGAGCAUUGAGCACAGGUUCUAGGGGAAAAUGGUCCAGAAAUAUCAAUCUCCAGUUCGAGUCUACAAAUAUCCCUUUGAGCUGGUCAUGGCGGCCUAUGAAAAACGUUUUCCAACAUGCCCCCAGAUACCCGUCUUCUUGGGCAGUGAGAUCAUUCAUGAAUCUAAGAGCCAGGAUGGAUCCAUUCACGUUGUGGAGCGCAGCUGCAAAUUGACUGUGGAUGCCCCACGGUUAUUGAAGAAGAUUGCUGGGGUCGAGUACGUUGUCUUUGUGCAGAAAAAUGUUUUAAAUCGGAAGGAUCGAACUCUUCUUAUUGAGGCUCACAAUGAGACAUUUGCCAAUCGAGUCAUUGUUCAUGAGAACUGCAGCUAUACUGUUCACCCAGAGAAUGAUGAGUGGACCUGCUUUGAGCAGUCAGCGUCUCUUGACAUUAAAUCAUUCUUCGGCUUUGAAAAUGCCGUGGAGAAAAUUGCGAUGAAGCAGUACACGGCCAAUAUUAAGAAGGGGAAGGAAGUGAUUGAGUAUUAUUUGAAUGAGCUCAUCUCUCAGGGCAUUUCUCACAUCCCUCGAUGGACACCUUCCCCUGUCAGAGAAGAAGAUCAGAGGAGCCUGGCAGCUGACAAGCUGGACACAGACUACAUUGAGCGAUAUUUGGGGCAGCUCACCCCCAUACAGGAGAGCUGCUUGAUCAGACUCCGCCAGUGGUUACAGGAAACACAUAAAGGAAAGAUUCCCAAAGAUGAGCACAUUCUUCGAUUCCUCAGGGCUCGAGACUUUCACUUCGAAAAGGCCCGGGAGAUGCUGUGCCAGUCGUUGAACUGGCGAAAGCAGCACCAAGUGGACUAUAUCCUUCAGACAUGGAGGCCCCCACCUCUUCUGGAGGAAUUCUAUGCAGGUGGCUGGCAUUACCAGGAUAGAGAUGGCCGCCCUCUCUAUAUUCUGCGUCUUGGCCAGAUGGAUACAAAGGGUUUGAUGAAGGCAGUGGGAGAGGAGGCACUCCUUCGGCAUAUUCUUUCAGUUAAUGAAGAGGGACAGAAGAGAUGUGAAGAGCACACAAAUCAGCUUGGCCGCCCUAUUAGUUCCUGGACGUGCCUUGUGGAUCUGGAAGGGCUGAAUAUGCGGCAUCUCUGGCGACCUGGGGUGAAGGCCCUGUUGCGGAUGAUUGAAGUGGUUGAGGACAAUUAUCCGGAGACAUUGGGGCGGCUGCUCAUAGUGCGGGCUCCUCGUGUUUUUCCUGUAUUGUGGACAUUGGUGAGCCCCUUUAUCAAUGAAAAUACCAGGCAGAAAUUCCUCAUCUACAGUGGCAGCAACUACCAGGGCCCUGGAGGACUUGUAGAUUAUUUGAAUAAAGAUGUAAUUCCUGACUUUCUAGGAGGAGAAUGUUUGUGCAAUGUCCCUGAAGGGGGCAUUAUCCCAAAAGCUCUCUAUCAGAUUGAAGAGGAUCAAGAGAAUGCAGAUAGGGUCCAACUGUGGACUGAAACUGUAUACCAGUCUGCAAGCGUGUUCCAAGGGGCCCCCCAUGAGAUAGCAGUGGAGAUUCUGGAGGGUGAGUCAGUGAUCACCUGGGACUUUGACAUCCUGAGGGGCGAUGUGGUAUUUAACCUCUUUCACUCCAAGCAAGCACCUGAACCAAGACCCAGGGAGGCCAGGGCCGGGAGCAGCGUGCAGCUCAUUGACCAAAGCUGGGUCCUGGGAGUGGAUUACAGCCGUGUGGAAUCUUCCCUGCUCUGCCGGGAAGGCGAGAGCAUCCAGGGCUCUCACGUCACUCGUUGGCCAGGUUUCUACCUGCUUCAGUGGAAGAUGGCCACUCCUUUAGCCUGUGCAGCUAGCAGCCUCCCUCGGGUGGACGAUGGCCUGAUAUCUGUGCAAAGUCCUGGUCACAAAUGUAAACUCCUGUACUACUAUGAAGUCCUUGCAUCUGUAGACUUCAGGGGAUCCAUGUCCAGUCUGGAGUCCUGUACCAGUGGUUUCUCACAGCUCAGUGCCACCACAACUUCUUCCAACCAGUCCCAGAGUGGCUCCCUCAUCUCCAGAUAGCCGGGUCUGAGUCACGUUGGGGAUCGUGCUGUACUCCGGCGCCUGGAAGUGUCCAGAGCCAGAAAUCCUGCCUAAGCUGAGAGCCAAGACCAUAAGGACUGAUGGCCUCAGUUCCGAGGCUGCCAGAAUUGGGGGCUCUCUGCAAUCUACCAUGAUAAUCAGCUCAUGUUUUGGUUUUAUAGUAGAUGCAUCUGAAUUUAGAGCAGAUGCCUCAUUAACAAGACUUAAUAAUUCUAACUUAGCCAUUUUGAAUUAGCCCAUUCUAGUCUCCACUACUUCCAUCCCCCCAAAUCUGGACCUGUAGGGAGUUCCUAGUAUGGAAGCUUCUUCCACUGAUGCUCAUCACUGGAGACACUGAGAAGUUGGGUAACUUGCUCAUGAUUGCACACCUGGUAUGUGUCAGAGGCAGGACUUCAACACACAUCUUUCUGACUACAAAGCUGGCAUUUUCUCUCCAC